CGAUCGACGGCUGACAAAUUUUCAAUGGCAGCAUCCACAAAAUUCCAUGUUUUUUUGUCUAAAAAAAAGUGUUUUUGACUAUAUAAUACAGCAAAAGAAAAUGUAAGCAGUGGCCAAUCGUUUCCUUUCUCGUUUUCUCUUGGGUAUAUUAGAUUUUCCAGGGAAGAAAAUCUUCAGGCAGAGCAAGAGAGAUCAAGGGACCAGCUAUGGCUUCUCAUGGAAAGGAAUCAGAUACUGCAGUAGAAGCCAUGGUUGCUCAAGUUGAAAAGCACCCCAUUUCAUCUAUUCUUAUCAUCAUCGCUAUGCAAACAGAAGCUUUGCCAGUGGUUAAUAAGUUCCAGCUGACUGAGAAUCCCCAUUCUUCGUUUCCAAAAGGGGUUCCUUGGGUCCAUUAUCAUGGUACAUACAAAGACAUUAAAAUAAAUCUAGUUUGGCCGGGAAAAGAUUUAACUUUUGGGGUUGAUAGUGUUGGCACGAUUUCUGCCUCUCUUGUGACCUAUGGUUCUAUCCAGGCAUUGGAACCAGACCUGAUCAUAAAUGCAGGAACUGCUGGUGGCUUUAAGGCAAAGGGAGCAGGGAUUGGUGAUGUUUUUCUCGUAUCUCAUCUUGCAUUCCAUGAUAGACGAAUACCAAUCCCGUUUUUUGAUCUGUAUGGAGUUGGUUUGCGUCAGGCCUUCUCUAUGCCCAAUCUCUUGAAAGAGCUUAAUCUAAAGACCGGCAGACUGUCCACAGGCGACUCUUUGGAUAUGUCCCCUCAGGAUGAAGCAUCAAUCACAGCAAAUGAUGCUACAGUUAAAGACAUGGAGGGAGCAGCUGUAGCCUAUGUGGCUGAUCUUUUGAAAGUACCUGCAAUAUUUGUUAAAGCAGUGACAGAUUUAGUAGAUGGUGAGAAACCAACUGCAGAAGAAUUCCUGCAGAAUUUGGCUGCAGUGACUGCUGCACUUGAUCAAGCAGUCACUCAAGUUGUCGAUUUUAUCAGUGGAAAGUGCCUGUCUGAACUUUGACUUGUCUUAUUCUCACUUCUUUUGUUUGGAAAUAUAUGUGAUAAUAAAACUUGUAAUUCUUAGUUCCGUGUGAUGCCAACACCAGAGUUAGGUAUUUUUUAAGAUAAAAACAGCAAAAAUUCAUAGUUUGAGCAAGCACGUGUUUGAACUUUGAAUAAAACAGUCUUGUGAAAUGUAGUUAAGUUCAUUGUUCACUGCCUUUUGCAUUUCC